UGCACGUGUGUGCAUAAAAUGCGUUAAUAUGUUACGUCACUGAGGUCAGGUGUCAAAGUCUGUGUUGGGGAUAGUGGGGGUUUACGUGUCAAUUAUGGUUGUGUGUGGACAUCCGAGGUUUAAAUGUGUUUUGGUUGUAAGUUGUACUUCAUGUAGUAUGGUUGGUUAUAAUUGUUGAAGUUCCGUUUUAUCACCGUAGUCAUGAAAUAAAAAAUUGGGUUGAAAUCCAUUUCUCACAUUAGAUGUUCAAUUUUAUGGAGAGCAAGCACAGGAUUACGGAGGUCCUCGGAAGGAGUUUUUCAGAUUAACAAUGAUGGAAAUAAAAGAAAAAUAUUUCGACAAUGGACUACGAGAGCUGUUAGCUGAUGAAUAUACUUGUGUGGGAACCAUUAUGGGAUUAAGUGUGCUUCAAAACGGCAAACUUCCACAAUUUUUGUCUGAAGAUACCAUCGAUAGAAUAUUUGACCCAGAGUGCACUUCUCAAUCCUUGAUCAAUUUACAAAAUGGCUUAGAAAAACUUGGCCUGUUCCAGAUUUGCAAACAAAUACCAACACUAAGAGAGAUCUUUAGACCUAAUCCAUCGUCUGUACUCACAAUGCGAAAACUGAAUGCUUUAUUGACGCCAGACUUCAGCCCAGUUGGCUCUAAUAAAAGGACCUAUGAAACUGCUGUUUAUACAGUGUUGUGUAAAUACAUGCGGCAUGUAGCUGCUGGAAGACGGGGUGACAUAACACUAGGUUCUAUCCUACAAUUUGCCACGGCAAGUGACGAAGAACCAUUGCUUGGAUUUAAGCUGGCACCCUCGAUUAGGUUUUUUGAAAUGACAAAGUCCUUCCUUCCCACAUCCAACACCUGCAUCAAUGCCUUGCAAUUACCUUACGCAUCGCAUAAUACCAUAUCAUUACCAGAUGAUGAUACAUUGUUUAGUUUAUAUGACGAGGCUUUCGCCAGCGCACACUUUGGCAAUGUCUAAUCGCAAAGUGUUACA